AAGAAAUUGACUACAGUUUUCAUAUUGACUGUGUUGUUCUUUCAAAUACCAUCAAUUAUUCUGUAUCAUAAUUACACAACCAACAAUUCAGUGGGAGAGGGAUUUUUCAGUAGUGAUGUUUUUUUUCACAUGAAAAUGUUGAGCAUAUGUACGAAGUCGGAGCAGAAGUGGCUUCAAUGUGUUGAUCAAUUGAAUGAUUUGAGAAUAACAAAUUAUGUAAGAUUGUCUGGAUUCCAACCAUCAGUUCGUCUGUUUCAAACACCGUUAAACUACGGACUUCUCGAUAUACAAAUUCCAUUUACAAUAAAUAGUGAGAAUCAUAUGAAUGAUAUGUUGAAUGAACGUUAUGUUUUGUCGAAUAGUAGUGAUGUAAUUCCAAUGUCUAACGUGAAAUCAAGUGUGAAAAUGAGAAAGCGCAAUGUGCAUCAUCCGAAGUAUUUCAAUGUGAAAGAAGCACUUCAUGCUAUUGAAGUAGGAUUAUCUGAUGACGCAAAGCCGGUCAACGGAGGAUCGAUCAUUGUUGUACAACUACCAACGAGUGCUUGCAGUCCCACCAAACCACCAGAAAGUCUGGAUCUCAUAGUAAUAGUGAAGUCGUGUAUCUAUUGCUUUGACAAACGAUCGUACGCUCGAGACACCUACAUGAAAUCACACCUGUGGAAAGAUUUCCGAAUUCGAUUUGUUUUCGUUGUUGGAUUGCCAACCCCAAAUGAAACGGAUGUGUAUCAUUUCGACGGAGUCACUGUGAAUCUCGGUCGGAAGGCUUCUGAACUCUCUAAACUUUACGAGAGCUCACGAUGGAUUGCUGCUAAGAAGCUGAGUGACGAGAGUGGAAAAUUCAAUGAUAUGUUGGUCGGGUCAUUUCAUGAUACGUAUUUCAACUUGACGUCCAAGAUGAUAUUGUCAUAUCGAUGGGCUGCUACAUUUUGUAAGGGACAAACACCAUUGUAUCUGUUCGUUGAUGACGAUUAUGCAUUACUGCCUGAAAACACUAUUCGACUUGUCAGGAGUCUGAAUGCUUCUGUUUCGAGAUCGACCGUAGGAGGUUUUGUGCAUUAUACAAGUGUAGUGGCAAGACCGUCAAAGGAGAAGUUCGAUUUGAAAUGGUCGGUAUCAGUGAAUGAAUACCCAUGGGAUUACUAUCCACCUUACUUCUAUGGAAUAGGUUAUUUGUUGGGUUCAGAUAUUGUCAGUGAUGCUUCUGUGGCUAUGGCUUUCACACAAAGCAUUCGUAUAGAUGACUCAUUUUUAGGAAUUGUGUUGAGUCGACUAAACAGGACACUGACUAAUAUGAAGGAGUUUUCGUUGGAUGAAUCAAUACCGGAAAAUAAAUCUUGUCUAGUCAUUAUCCAUAUAGAUAUUGCGGGUGAUGUUAUUAAUUGGAAAACUGGCGACAUUAUGAACUAUUAAUUACAUUUUUCUACGGUAAUUGGAUGAAAAUUCACAGUUUUAUUUUCAUUUUAACUUAUUUUGACAUAAAUGAUACUCUUAACCUGUUGAAUACUCCGUCUGAAUGAACUAAUGCAUUAGUUAACGUGAAAUAAUUGUGUAUCAAACAAAUAGCUUAUCAAAUAAUGUUUUGAUCUCAG